AUGUCGCUGAGCCCCAAGCACACGACGCCCUUCUCGGUCACCGACAUCCUCAGCCCCAUGGAGGAGAGCUACAAGAAGUUCGGCGGCAUGGACGGGGCGGGCGGGCUGGGCGCGCCCCUCGGGCCCUACCGCCAGCCGCCCGUGCCCCCCCCCGCCGCCGCCGCCGCCGCCGUGCCCCAGCACGUCGUGGCGGGCCCCACCGGGGCGGCCGCCUACCACAUGCCCCACGGCGUGUCCCAGUUCCCGCACGGCGCCGUCGGGGGCUACUGCAACGGCGGGUUGGGCAACAUGGGCGAGCUGCCCGCCUACCCCGAGGGGAUGCGGAGCGGCGCGGCGGCGGGCGGCGGCUGGUACGGGGCCGGCGGCGACCCCCGCUACUCCAGCAUCUCCAGGUUCAUGGGCCCGUCGGCAGGGAUGAACGUGGCCGGGAUGGGCGGCCUGAGCGGCAUCGCCGAGGGCGCCAAGGCCAUCGUGCCGCUCCACGCGGCCCCGCGGAGGAAGAGGAGGGUGCUCUUCUCCCAGGCGCAGGUCUACGAGCUGGAGCGGCGCUUCAAGCAGCAGAAGUACCUGUCGGCGCCGGAGCGGGAGCACCUGGCCAGCCUGAUCCACCUCACCCCCACCCAGGUGAAGAUCUGGUUCCAGAACCACCGCUACAAGAUGAAGCGCCAGGCCAAGGACAAGGCGGCCGCCCAGCAGCUGCACCCCGACGGCGGCCUCUGCCAGCAGCACUCGCCGCGCCGCGUCGCCGUGCCCGUGCUGGUGAAGGACGGCAAGCCCUGCCCGCCGCCGGGCAGCGGCACCCCGGCCCCCGGGCAGCCCGCCGCCCCCCCGCCGCCCCCCGCCGCCCCCGCGGCCGACCUGGAGGAGCUCUCGCCCAGCCCGCCGGCCCUGCACGGCCCGGUCCCCCCCCUGGCCCCCAUGGACUCGGCCGGCGUCGACUACAACGGCGGCAUGGUCAGCCCCAACCUGCUCUACGGCAGGACGUGGUAAUCCGUGGGCGUGGGGGUGUGUGUGUGUCCCGUGUGUCCCCCCCCAGCCCUCCGGGACAGGACCCUCCCGGCCCCGACGGCCGCGCCGGCCCGGCCCGGCGCCUGCUGGGAGCCCAGACGGCUGCCCGUGGGCCACCGCCUCCUCCGCGCCCCCACCCCGCCCGCGCCCUCCGGCUUCGCUUCGGGUUAUUUUGCCUUUUUUUUUUUUUUUUUCUUUUUCUUUUUUUUUAACUUUCCGCGGUUUUGGAAACUUGGACCCGAAGGCAGAGCCGCAGCGGGGCGGGCGCGCAGACUCGUGGGCGCUGGGCUGCGGGCCUUGGUCUGCGCGGCUGCUUGCGGGUGUCCGUGGGUGUGUG